AUGGAGCAGCUCGAUGGGAUCAGUUCGGUCUCCGGUGGCACUUGGGCCUCUUCGAUCUACAUGUUCGCGCGGGAGUUCCAGGGCGAGGCCAUCGAGGCCAGUGCCUUGCUCGGGGCGCGGACGAGGCCGGAGCAUCUGACCCUGCAAGCCUUGCGAGAGGAGGCUCCCCCCAUGGCGCGGGGCAUUACGAAGGGCAACUCCAGCCAGCUCCUCUGGCAGUAUGCGGGCUCACACCGAGACAAUGAGGUCUGGGCCCAUGUGGUGGCAGACCUGAUCUUGCAGCCCUUUGGUCUGGAGAGCUUCGAGUGUUGUGUGGCCGAGAGUGAGGAGGAGGUCAAGCGGAUCAAGGAGGAGAACCCGGGCAUCCAGGGCGUGCCCUUCCACGUGCCGCGCCGCGAUCGUCCAAAGCUCUUCGUGAUGAACGGCGCGCUGCUGGCGCCCUCAAACCAUGGCAUCUCCGGUGACAGCGUGGUGUCUUUUCAGAUGUCGCCAGAUUACAGUGGCAGCCCCUUUUACCCCAAGGACCAAGUCUUGCGCUUCACUCCAGACGUGACGUAUCAGCCAGUGCCUUUAUGCUGCAUCUAUCCCUGCUGGAGGAAGGCUUUGACCUUGAGCAUCGGGGGCGGCUUCAUCGAAACCUUUGCCUUCGGUGGCGACGCGCCGGAGGCUGAAGCGCAGCGGGGCGGCAAGGUGGAGGUCCCCACGCCGGACACGAGCUUCUCCUUGCCCGAGAUGGUGGGAAUCAGCAGCUAUGCUCCCGCCUCGUCCUUCUCGAACAGGCUGCUGACCAGUUGGUGGCUCAACAUCCGCAAGAAGUACUGGGCCAUUUGCAGCAACACUUGUCCAUCUGCCCAGGAAGCGCAUGAAUAUCAGAUGGGCGAUGGCGGGGCCAUCGACAACAGCGGUUUGCUUCCCCUCCUGCAGCGCAGGAGUCGCAAGGUGAUUUGGAUUGCCAGCUCCUACCGACCUCUACAGGACUACGACUUUGAAGGGGCCACCAUUGACAACUUCGACCCGGAUGCGGCAGGAGUGAUAGAUCAACUCUCGAGCCUCUUCGGGUACGGAUUGAACGACCAGGAUGAGGGCUACUUCUAUGCCAACAACCAGGUCUUCAAGAAGUCCCAGCUGCUGCCGAUCUGCCGAAAGCUCUUUGCUUUGAAGUCCUCAGGGAAGCCGAUGGUGCUGAAAGAGAGCUUGGACGUGCUGCCCAACAGCUACUGGGGCAUCCGGGGAGACUACCAGGUGUCCUUCGUGCUGAUCUACUUGGACGAGUGCGCAGAAUUCCAGCAGCAGCUGCCGCAGGAGGUCCGAGAUGAGAUCGCCAAGGGCCCAAAUGGCAUGCUGGAGAACUAUCCCAUCUACAAGACCACUGGGAACAACAAGGAGGACAUGUUGGGCCUCAACACUGCUCAGGUGAAUCUGUUAGCCGCCCAAGGGGAAUAUGCGGUGCGACAGAAUGCUCAUCUUUUCCGGGAGCUGCGGGAGAUCACGCUCAAGGCUCAAUGCGAAAGUGACACCGAUGUUGCAAGCGAGGCACCUAGCUCUGCCCAGCCCUCCUGUGCGCAAGAGCAAUUGACGUUGCUUGUUUCAGCCUUCCGUGUUGGACUGGACCUCUUGCACUCAGUUCGAAACAUGUUUCCAAUUGGGUGCAGCUGUUUCGGGCGGGACUGGAGGCUGGAGCCCUCCGAAGUCUCCCAAAACCAAGCGCUGCUGGCCAUGUCAGACCGACGUGCCCGGCACGUGGCCAAGGUGUUGCAGCUCCGCGACGGCGACGCGCUGAAGGUCGGCAUCCUGGAUGGACCCUACGACGACCGGGCGGUGGUCCGCUGGCGCUGGCCGGCUUCAGGCGGACGUUGGCGUGUGCCCGAACGCCGACAGCUACGUCCUGAGCGUCUAAGCAUGGAGGAGAUUGAAGGUGCCUUAGAUCGUGAGGAGGUUCUCCCCGAAUUCCUAGAGCUUCACUUUUCGGCGGCUGUGGAGUGUUUGCCGCGCUUUGAGGAGGCUCAGGUGGAUUUGCUCCUCGUACCUCCGCCAUUGGACCGCUUGACCAGGCUCUUGCCCCAGUUAGUGCAGCUGGGCAUUGGCACACUGGCCUUAUGCCAAGUGCCAGGCGGAGAUCGUGAGGUCUUCCACUGCCACCUGCUACGCAGCGAGAGGAAGCUGCGGGAGCUGCUGGUGAAUGGCUUGGAGCAGAGUGGACAAACCCAGGUGCCCGUGCUCCGGCAGCUGCGGUCCUCGGCGGACGUGGCCGCCUUCGCCCACAGCGGCGCUUGGGAGGCCAAGCUGAGCUGCUUCCAAGGCACCGAAGCCGCCAGGGAGCCGGUUCGCUCCGCUCGGUGGCGUCGGUGCGGAGCUCGUCUCUUGCUGGCCGUGGGGCCUGAUGGGGGCUGGCAGUCUCAAGAGGCGGAAGAGUCUCGCAUCGUUCAGCACUGUGAGAGGAAGAUCUCCUGCGGCAGCUGGGCUUCCAGGGGCUAA